UUCGGAUCCGGUUGUCUUCGGAAACACAUGUGGUGUUUUCUAGCAACUGAACAAAUAAAACAAUUACAGUAAAAUACUUAGUAAUUAUAAUAAUUGUACGUAUACCUGGUUAUUUAGUGGUUUAACUACGCAAAAUGGCAAAGGUCAAGAUACCAACAUUCAAGCUCAACAAUGGGCUAGACAUCCCAGCGCUGGGCUACGGGACGUGGGUUGGACUUAACGACAAAAUGGAGCUCAUAACAGAAGAUAUACCGAAGCUAGCAGAAGCGAUGGGCUACGCUAUAGACGCGGGGUUCCGGCAUAUAGACACCGCACACCUGUACAGAGUGGAACCAGAAGUGGGCCAGGUGGUGGCGCAGAAGAUAAAAGAGGGAGUCGUCAAGAGAGAAGACCUCUUUAUCACUACUAAGGUUUGGAACCAUAACCACCGACCAGCCGAUGUGGAGAAGUCAGUCAAGGGAUCGCUGAAGCGUUUAGGAUUGGAUUACAUUGACUGUGUGCUCAUGCAUUGGCCGAUGUCUAUAUCUGUAGACGGAGUAGACGAGAAGAUAGACUACAUAGACACAUGGCAUGGGUUCGAGUCCGUGUUGAAGCAGGGGUUGGUCAAGACCAUUGGUGUAUCUAACUUCAAUGUUGAACAACUGACGCGUCUGCUGGCCAACGCGUCGGUGGUGCCCGCGAUCAACCAGGUUGAGAUAAACCUGAAUCUCGGCCAGAAAGACCUGGUCGAUUUUUGCAAGAAGCACAAUAUCCUAGUGGUAGCGUACACCCCAUUUGGCAGCUUCUAUAGAGACGCUCCCGUUGGCGCUGCGACCUCUCACGAUGACCCAAUCUUGAUGAAAAUUGCUGGGAAACACAACAAGGCUGUCCCACAAGUGGCCUUGAGAUAUCUGUAUCAACGCGGUAUCGUCAGCAUACCAAAAUCGAUAACGAAAUCGAGAAUUCUGCAAAACGCAUCGAUAUUCGAUUUCGAGCUCGACGAAGAAGACGUCAAAACACUAGAAAAUCUCGACAAUAACUAUCGAACUGUCCGACCCUGGUUUUGGCAGAAUUAUGAAAACUAUCCUUUCGACAAAAUUGAUGGUGAAAUACCUAAAUGUCCUCCAACUUUGCUCGCACCCUCGGGCGCCAUGUUGUUAUAUCUUAUCAUAUCGACGCUAAUAUAUAAUUGCAUGUGUGAUGAAAAUGACGGAGGCAAAGCACCAAGGAUCACCUUGAAUGAUGGCAACUCCAUGCCUGUGUUGGGACUUGGUACAUUUCUAGGAUUUGAUGAGAAAGGCCAGAAGAAAGUUGAAGAAGGGGAAGUGGAACUCCCUGUGAGCUGGGCGCUGAGUGCUGGUUACAGAAUGAUAGACACAGCCUCUCUGUACUUCAAUGAGGAGCAGGUUGGUCUCGGAGUCAGAAGGUCUGGAGUCCCGAGAGAAAAUGUGUUUCUUGUCACGAAGCUGGGUCUCAACGAGCAAAGGGACGUAGUUGGCGCGCUGAGUAGAUCCCUCAGUCGACUCAACAUGACCUACGUAGAUUUGUACUUGAUACACAACCCUGUUGCUAUAAAGGCCGAUGGAAGCGGAGACUUUGAUGUCGUAGACUACGUGGACACGUGGAAAGGAAUGGAGGAAGCCAAACGACAGGGCUUGGCCAAGUCCAUCGGUAUAUCCAACUUCAAUAUCAGCCAAAUGGAACGACUCUUGGACAACUGUGAGGUCAAACCCGCUGUUUUACAAGUUGAGGUCAACUUAAAUCUAGCUCAAAACAAGAUCCUAAACUUCACCAAAGCCAACAACAUAGCGGUGAUGGCGUACACUCCUUUUGGUUCACUAUUCGAGAAGAAAACUGAUGCCCCUCCACCAAGAGCUGAUAACCCAAUCCUUGUUGGACUAGCUUUCAAAUACAAGAAAACUGUACCUCAAAUUGUACUUAGGUAUCUGGUACAAAAAGGUGUGAUACCGAUCCCAAAAUCGAUUCGUAAGGAGAGAAUCGAGGAAAACAUCGAUAUAUUUGAUUUUGAAUUAAGUGAUACAGAUAUGGAAAGAUUAGGUGAAUUUAACAAGGACUACAGAACAGUGUGGCCAUCCUUCUGGCAAGAUCACCCCUACUACCCGUUUGAGAAAAAAGCCGUCGCAGAGCCCGACAUUUUCAAAUCAGGGAGGCAGAAAGAAUAAGAAUAACUCAUAAAAAAAAUAUUUUCAUACA